UUUAACUGAACUAGGUUGGGUGUGCUGCUGUCUUCUGAGAGUUCAGAUAGCUUCCCUCCGUUCUGCUCCAGUCUAUAUUUAUCGGGCCUGCUCACCAUAAAAGGACGCGUCUGUGGCUUGGCCAUUCCGUCGAGUGCCAAUAUUAUUUUUGUUGAGUAGACGGCUGCCCUGUCCUCUGCUACCGCACCUACCUGCGGAUUUGCCUGGAUAUCAAGCGUUGUUGGCUUACACCUGGAGUUGGAUCACUUUUUCCUUUGCCAGCAGCAGUUGGUAGCUUUUUUGGCCUAGCUAAGCCGACAGGCAGACUACAAGAGACUCGGGCUGAAUUCAGGGCUUGUGCAGGAUGUCGGGAUCCACACCUUUCUACCAGAAACAUCACCGCCACUAUGACCGUGGUUACCGCAGCAAGGAGUUGGAAUCGGCUGUUAGCCAGUACCAGUCGAGCAGCAGCAGCAGCUAUGCCGCCCGACGCAGCAGCAGCAGAGCCAGUGCCAGUGCCGCUCUCAGUGCCAGCAGUGGACAUGUCAUUGCACUGCAUGAACGAACGACGCCUGUCCCUUGUAGCUACACCAGACUUAGUUCCUCAUACUCUGACCUGGAGGAGAGCAGACUGAGCCCAAUGCCCAAGAGAGCCAAGCCCACCUACCUGGCUAUGGACAAAGAGAACCAGAUUAUCGGCUAUGUAGUGCCCAUCUUCAGGGGCAGUCACGAAUAUGCCAGUGGGUUUUCGGAUACGGAGGAGGCCCGGGUGAAGGAGAGUGCUGGAUACAUGGCCCGGAGGAAUCUGUUCACCAGUGGGUUGGAGAUGGAGCGGACGGAGCAGACGUCUAGGAAGGUGUCCAUGCGCGAAUCAGCCGAGCGCAUCUCCCUGAGCAAGAGGAUCUAUGAGAACGAGGAGCAUCACAAGCGUAUGAACAAGGAUAGCCUGAUGCACGCCCCAGAGUUUGUGAUUAAGCCUCGCUCCCACACGGUGUGGGAGAAGCAGUGUGUCAGGCUGCACUGUACUGUCUCUGGGUGGCCUGACCCACGGGUUGUCUGGUACAAAAACAAUGUGACAAUCGACCCAAUGGCCCACCCAGGCAAGUAUAAGCUAGAGAGCAGCUACAACGUGCACUCACUGGAGAUCAGCAGAUGUGAUUUUGAUGAUACUGCACAGUAUCGUGUUUCUGCCAUGAACAGCAAGGGAGAGCUCUCUUCCUUUGCCUCCAUCGUUGUUAAGAGAUUCAAAGGAGAGGUAGAGGAGGCUCUCCCCAUGCCCAGACCAAGGUCAACAGACAACGAAGAUGGCCUGAUCUCUGAGUAUGGCAUCACUUUUGACACCCACAUCGUGGACGGGUUUGGCGUGUCGUUCGGACGGGAGGGCGAGACCAUGAGCCUGGGCGCCACAGUCAUCAUCUCCCCCAACUUGGCACGCUACCAGCCUGAAGUUCAGUGGUACAGAGAUGAUGUUCUUCUGCAGCCCUCCAAGUGGUGUCACAUGCACUGGAGUGGAGACAAGGCCAUGCUGACCCUGACACACCUGAACAAGGAGGACGAGGGUCUCUACACCCUGCGCAUCACCACCAAGUCUAAAUAUGAGACCUACUCUGCUUACGUCUUUGUCAGAGAUGCCGAUGCGGAGGUGGAGGGGGCCCCUGGCGCCCCUCUGGAUGUGAAGUGUCAGGACGCCAAUAAGGAUUACGUCAUCGUGACCUGGAAGCAGCCGGCUGUGGACGGUGGCAGCUCCAUCCUGGGCUACUUUGUGGACAGGUGUGAGGUUGGCACCACCCACUGGAGCCAGUGCAACGACACGCCCAUCAAGUUUGCCCGUUUCCCCGUGACCGGGUUGGUGGAGGGGCGCUCCUACACAUUCCGUGUGCGGGCCGUCAACAAGUCUGGCAUGAGCCGGCCAUCCCGUGUCUCUGAGGUGGUGGCAGCCAUGGAUCCUGCCGACCGCGCGCGAAUGAGAGGUACCUCUGCACCCUGGACCGGCCAGAUCAUUGUCACUGAGGAGGAGCCUGCAGAGGGUGUGGUCCCCGGCAGACCCAAAGAACUGGAGGUCACCGAGGCCACCAAGAACUAUGUGGUUCUGAGCUGGAAACCCCCUGGAGAGAGAGGCCACGAGGGCAUCAUGUACUAUGUGGAGAAGUGUGUGUCGGGCACAGACAGUUGGCAGAGGGUGAACACAGAGAUCCCAGUGAAGUCUCCUCGCUUCGCCCUGUUUGAUCUGGCGGAGGGAAAGGCCUACAGCUUCCGUGUGCGCUGCUGCAACUCCGCCGGCGUUGGCGAGCCAUCAGAAGCCACCGAGGCCACCACUGUCGGGGACAAGCUGGAUAUCCCGUCUGCCCCAGGCCGUGUGGUUCCCACCAGGAACACAGACACGUCCGUGGUUGUGUCCUGGGAGGCUUCCAGGGACGCCAAGGAGCUGGUGGGAUACUACAUCGAGGCCAGCAUCGUGGGUAGCAACAAGUUUGAGCCAUGCAACAACAAGCCUGUCAAAGGCACCAGGUUUAUCUGUCACGGUCUGGUGACAGGAGAGAGCUACGUGUUCAGAGUGAAGGCACUGAACGCCGCUGGGCUCAGCGAGUGUUCUCAGCAAUCUGAGGCUAUUGAGGUGAAGGCUGCUAUUGGGGGCGGUAUUCCUCAUGCGUCCCCUACCCCACCCUAUGGCAUCAGCGUUCUGGAGUGCGUGCGGGACUCUAUGGUGCUGGCCUGGAAGCAGCCCACCUUCAUCGGAGGCGCUGACAUCACCGGCUACUUCGUGGACUACCGUGAGGUCAUCAAUGGGGUGCCAGGGACAUGGCACGAGGCCAACGUCAAGGCUGUCAGCGACAGAGCCUACAGAGUGUCUGACUUGAAGGAGAACAGGAAGUACCAGUUCCAGGUGCGUGCUGCCAACAUGGCAGGCGUGGGCAUCCCUUCUCUGCCCAGUGGAACGUUUGUCUGUGAGGAGUGGACCAUUGCUGUGCCAGGACCUCCCCAUGAUUUGCAGGUGACAGAGGUGCGCGCCAACACUCUGGUGUUGCUUUAUAAGCCACCAGUGUACCAGGGCCGUGACCCAGUCAACGGGUUCUACAUUGACAUCAAAGAGGCUGAUGCUGAGGAGGAGGCUUGGAGAGGAGUCAACGAGAAGGCUGUCCUCACUAACUACAUGAAGAUUAAGAGUCUAAAGGAGGGGGAGACCUAUGUGUUCCGAGUGCGUGCUCAGAAUAAGGCAGGUGUGGGAAAGGCCUCUGAGCCCACAGAACCAGUCCUGGCCAAAACCAAACCAGGCACUACGGAGAUUGUUGUGGACGUUGAUGAUGAUGGAGUGAUCUCCAUGAACUUUGCCUGCUCCAACCUGACUCCAGACUCCAAAUUUGUGUGGUCAAAGAACUACGAAGAGAUCACAGACGAUACUCGUAUUUCUGUGGCGACCAGUGGGGAGAAGUCCAAAGCCACCUUCAAUAUGCCUGCGGAGGAUGACAUCGGCAUUUACUCUUGUGCUGUCACCCACACCGACGGUGCUUGCUCCAGCUACACUCUCUCAGCAGAGGAGUUGAAGAAACUGCUGGAGCUCAGCCAUGACCACAAAUUCCCCAUUAUUCCAUUAAAGACAGAGCUGGCUGUGGAGCUGCAGGAGAAGGGCAGAAUUCGCUUCUGGCUGCAGGCUGAGAAGAUCUCUGCUAAUGGCAAAAUAGAAUAUGUGUUUAAUGACAACAGUCUCUCCCAGGGAGAGAAAUACAAGAUGAACUUUAACAAGGACACAGGGGUGAUUGAGAUGAUCAUGGAGUCUCUGCUCCCAGAGGACGAGGGAACCUUCACCUUCCAGCUGCAGGAUGGCAAAGCAACCAACCAGUCCAGCCUGGUGCUGAUUGGAGAUGUGUUCAAGGGGCUGCAGAAGGAGUCUGCGUUCAUGCGCAAAGAGUGGCACAGAAAGCAAGGUCCUCACUUUGUGGAGUAUCUGAGUUAUGAAGUGACCCCGGAAUGUUGUGUUAUCCUGAAAUGCAAGGUUGGGAACAUAAAGAAAGAGACUGUUGCAUUGUGGUACAAGGAUGGGCGUGAGGUCAAGGGAGAUGAGAAACUCACCUUCACCGAGGGAGUGCUCAAACUGGAGAUUGCUCAGAUCUCAAAGAAGGAUGCCGGUGUCUAUGAGAUUGUUCUGAAGGAUGACAGAGGGCAGGACACAUCCACGUUGAAUCUGACAGAACAAGGUUUCAGAGACUUGAUGAAUGAAGUGUUCAGUAAUAUUGCCAACUCAUCCACUGCACUGAAGAUCCAGAGCACAGACGAGGGCAUCAGACUCUACUCCUUUGUCAGUUACUACAACGAGGCGCUCCAGGUCACCUGGCACCACAAGGAUGCAGCGAUAGCCUUCACAGACCGCAUUAAGAGUGGUGUGGUGGGAGAGCAGCUGUGGCUACAGAUCACAGAGCCCACAGAGAAAGACAAGGGCAAAUACGCCAUCGAGUUCCAUGACGGAAAGGGCGGUCUGAAGAGGACAGUAGAGCUGUCUGGCCAGGCAUUUGAUGACGCAUAUGCAGAAUUCCAGAGGCUCAAAGCGGCCGCUAUUGCAGAGAGAAAUCGUGCUCGCGUGGCAGGAGGCCUGCCUGAUGUCGUCACCAUACAGGAGUUAAAGGCCCUGAACCUGACCUGUAACAUUUCGGGCGAACCCCUGCCUGAGGUCGUCUGGCUGAAGAACGAGAGGGAGAUUGUGUCUGAUGGCCACUACGUCAUGAAGUUCGAGGCGGGCAAGUACGCCAGCUUCACUAUCACCACGGUGAACACGACAGACUCGGGCAAGUACAGCAUCCUGGUGAAGAACAAGUACGGCACAGAGAGCGCCGACUUCACCGUAAGUGUCUUCAGCCCCGACAGCAAGAAAUAAGGGAGAAAGAAAGAAGGCCGGCAAGAAAUAAGGAAAACCUCAAUCUUUGCGUAAAUAUUAUGUAUAAAAAUACAUAGAAAAAGACAAAGAAAAAAGAAGGAAGGGAUACAGAGUCCUGAGCAUUGGUUUGAGAUGGUUUUUAUGGUAGUCUAUACAGUAUUUAACUCUAGUUUGAAAAGGUGUAUCGUUUUACUCUGAGCAUGAAAUGCCCAAAGGUUCAGAGCAAAAUCUGAGAACUGUUUCAGCAUUUUAUAGAAUUACAAAAAACAUAAACACAAUACUUUCGGUCCAAUCAUCCUUUAUUUUGACACUACGAUGAGUACAGUUAUACAUUUAUAAAAGUCCCCCAUGUAUUACAAUAUUUUGCUAUAUUUUACUAAGUAUUGAGGCACUAAAAAGGCAUGUAAAGACACAUUUCAUGUUAAUUCAAAUGAAUUUACUGCAACAGACUUAAAACUAAAAGGUUAGCCAUCUAGUAUUGUCUAAAAAGGACUGUGAUGCUGGAAACCUUGUUAGCUUACUCAAAGGUUAUUACUGUAUGUGCCAUGCAAGAGUUUUAAAAAGUAAGGAAGUGAAUAGAUGCUCUAUAAGCACAGAGAAAGGAAGAUUUUUUUUCUGUAAUGUGGAAUUUUAACAGAUCCUGUGUUUUUUCAUUCACAAUCACUGUUUACUGAGUAUGAUGUCACCACAUAUGUCACUCAGUAGUGUUAUUACAUCACUCCUUCUGCCGCUAUGUCGUGAUUAUGGCAUCCCUUUCUCUGAUUUAUGACAUCACUUCCCCUGUCACUUAGUAGUGAUUAUGACAUCCCUUACUUUGUCACGACGCAGUGAUUAUGGCAUCCCUUCAUCUGUCACUCAGUAAUGACUAUGACAUCACUUCCUCUGUCACUCAGUAAUGAUUAUGACAUCACUUCCUCUGCCACUAUGUAAUGAUUAUGACAUCACUUCCUCUGUCUCUCAGUAAUGAUUAUGACAUCACUUCCUCUUUCCCAUGUCUUAUGAGAAGGACUAAUAAAAUGGAGCAUGUAUUCCCUCA